AUGAAAAAUAAGGAAAGAAUUUUGAAAUCUAAUGGAAAUCGCAAGCGAGCUAGAGAGCCUGAUUAUCCUGACGGGGACGAGUGUGUUGUAAAGUGGUUUAAACAAGCGCGGGACAAAAACAUCCCUCUCAGUGGAACUUUUGCUCGUGCAAAAGUCGAAGAAUUUGCUAUCAGUUUAGGUAACAGCAGCUGCAAAGCAAGCUCCGGAUGGUUAAACGGAUUUAAGGAAAGAAAUGGAAUUUCUUUCAACUCUGUGUGUGGUGAAAGUUCAAGUCUGAACCAAGGUGCAGCAAAGGAGUGGAAAGAAAAAGUUGUCGAAAUUAUUGAGUAUACGCUGGACAGAGACAUUUUUAAUAUUGAUGCGACUGGACUUUUUUUCAAAUGUACCGCUGCAAAGACUCUUGCUUUUAAAGGUGAAAAAUGUAGUGGUGGAAAACACAAUAAAGACCGAAUAACCUUACUUGUAGGAGCAAACAUGGACGGCACUGAGAAAUUACUGAUGAUUGGAAAAUCGAGAAAUCCAAGGUGUUUUAAAAAUGUCAAAUCAAAGCAUAUAGAAUACCAUUCUAACACAAAAGCAUGGAUGACGGCGAAUAUUUUUGAAGACUGGCUGCUAGAUCUCAAUCGCACAUACCAAAGAAAAAACAGAAAAAUCAUCCUAUUUAUUGAUAACUGCACUGCUCAUAAAUCGAUACCCACUAUGGAAAAUAUCACGGUUGAUUUUUUCCUGCCAAACAUGACAUCUGUGGUGCUACCAAUGGAUCAAGGCAUCAUUAAAAAUCUGAAGCAUUUCUGCAGAUGUCUAGUCGUUCAACACCUCCUUACUGAAUCUUCCCAAAAGCUUCCUAUUACUCUCCUCGAUGCUUCAAGAAUGUGUUUAAAUGCAUAG